AUGAUGCGCGUGUGGCUUCGUCCGUGCGCGUCUGCAAUCACUGCAUUCGGUCGUCGUGCUGGUCCGAGCGUCAGAAACGCCGUAUUGCAAGCACUGAUUCCAUGUUCAUUGGCUGUUCCAAAUGACUCGUUGCUUGUGAUUGGUGGAGUCCGUUGGAUAACAAUUAAGGGAAAAGAUGAUGGCAAAAAGCAGUUUAAGAAGAAAUCGACGUUUGAGAAAGUGGAAGAGAUUGACGACCCGACGGAACUUUCAGAUGAAAUCAAGUAUCUGAGUCAGGAAUUAGCUGACGAUAAGCUGAAGGUAAUGGAAGAACUGGAAGAAGAAGAAGACGAGGAAGACGAGGAAGACGCUGAACUCAGUCCUGCUGAUUGGGCCAAGAAAUUUGAGCACGAUGUAGCAGAGUGGGAUCAGGAAGAAGAAGAUGACUAUUAUGAUGAGGAAAAUGGUGCCAAAGCUUCCGUGUCUUUGGACGUUGAAGAUGAUCGACUGUACGUUGAAAUGCCUGGAUAUGACGCCUCGCUGAGUUUGGCAGAGAGUCAGAUUGGAGUGGAUGAGGAUAAGGAAGAUACCUCUGACCCGUUUCAGCACUGGGAUCAGGGCAUGGCUAUUACCCCGGAGAUGCUUAACUGGAUGUUACCUGCUGAAAAGAGGAAGCCGUUCAAAAAGAAUACGACUAAGCCAUGGAAGUACUUUGUAGCGGCCAAUCACCCCGAUGUGGUUGAGUUGGCACUUGAUGUGGACCUAUUACGUCUUUUCAUUUCGCCUACGGGACGCAUUCGUCCUCGCCGAUUCACUGGUCUGACGGCCAAGCAGCAACGCAAGCUAGCACGGGCAAUCAAGAUCUCUCGUCAGCUUGCAUUGUUGCCGUACCUGUCGCGGUACCCGGAGCCGACGCCUGAGCAGUGGAAGGCUAUUGACGACGAAAUAAUCGCAGCCGCUGAACUCGAGGAAGACGAUGAUGUUGUGGAUGACGAUGAUGAGGACGACGAGGACUUUGACGAGGACUUCGAGUAUGAUUAG